AUGGAUCCUGUUCGUUCUUGGGUGCGGAAUGUCGGCGUUAUUGACGCAAACAUAGCGGCACAGAGUCGCUGCUGUGAGAAAAAAAGCUGCGGCAAUCGUAAUGAGACACCAUCUGACCCUGUCAUCAUUGACAGAUUUUUCUUGAAGUUUUUCCUAAAGUGCAAUCAAAAUUGUCUGAAGACAGCAGGGAACCCCCGAGACAUGAGAAGAUUUCAGGUGGUUCUGUCCACUACAGUCAGUGUGGACGGUCCCGUCCUAGCCAUUUCUGACAACAUGUUUGUGCACAACAACUCCAAACACGGACGCCGCUCUCGUAGAACGGAUUCGAACGAGAUGGUGGAGACUUGCAUGGAAUAUGCUGCUCCCUGUAUCAAAGCCAUCAGCCCCAGUGAAGGCUGGACUACAGGCGGGGCUAUGGUGAUUGUGAUCGGGGAAAACUUCUUCGACGGUCUGCAGGUGGUGUUCGGGAGCAUGCUAGUGUGGAGCGAGUUAAUCACUCCUCAUGCAAUCCGAGUUCAAACUCCUCCUCGACACAUUCCAGGGGUUGUAGAAGUCACACUGUCUUACAAAUCUAAGCAGUUCUGUAAAGGAGCCCCGGGCCGCUUCAUUUAUACAGCGCUGAAUGAGCCAACUAUUGACUACGGCUUCCAGAGACUUCAAAAGCUGAUUCCUCGACAUCCUGGUGACCCCGAAAAAUUGGCAAAGGAAAUGUUACUUAAAAGAGCAGCAGAAGUUGUUGAAUCACUCUAUGGAAAUACCACCAGCAAUCAGGACAUGUUGCUGAAACGGGCUGCAGAUAUAGCCGAGGCUUUGUACAGCGUGCCACGACCUCACAGUCAGCUGCAGGCCAUGCCGAGUUCCCCGGUCCAUGGCAGCGUCAUGGGCCUCAGCUCUUAUCCCACUCAGCUGGCUGUAAGCAUGGGAGAACCUGGGCAAACCAGCAGCCAAGGUUACACCCGCAACCCAAGCGGUUUGUCCCCGCGGGGCUACCCUUCAGCAUCGACCCCUCAGCAGUCCUGCUAUGGAUCCAAUGGAGGCAUGAAUGUGAGUUACGGGGCAGUGCCCAUGAGUAGUCUGGGUGUUUCAGGGUCACCUGGCUUUAACAGUGCCUCCCCAAACAGCUCUCCUUAUGCUAUCAUGCCCUCUAGCCCCACUGUACCAGGCUCCAGUUCCUCAUCCUCCCUCCUGUCCUUCACAUCUUUCCCAUCCUCGACCAAACAAAAAAGUGCCUUUGCUCCUGUCCUGAGACCACAGGGUUCUCCAUCACCUGUCUGCCAAACCUCAGGAGGCCCCAGCUUUAGAGCAAUGACAGGCCUUGUGGUUCCCCCAAUGUAGAAGAUGAGUCUCUUCCAGUCAUAAGCUCUACAAUCUGAACUAGACUGACACCAGCGUUGUCUCCGGGAAAAAGAUACAGUUG